AUAAAGCUUAUGUACGAUCACACAGUGAAAAAUUGCGAACCGAUAUAAUUGAGCAGUGCGCAUGCGUGGAGAGUCGGCAAUGAAAAUUACAGCAAAACAUUUUAAAAACGCCCAACUCUUUUAGGAUUGUUUUUAUUUUUGUAAUGAUUUUAAGCUGCUAUCAAAAUACAUUCUACAUAGCUUGAUUCUUGUACAAUAAUCAAAGAAGAUAAGUGAUAAGCGUAGAAUGGUGUAUCCGGAGGAACCUUUUUGGGCUUUGCCAAUGGUGUCUGGAUUAUACGAGGAUCGAGAUUACAGGGUUAAUGUUGUGGAAGCAUUGCAAGAGUUCUGGCAAAUGAAGCAGACGCGGGGCGUGGAGCUUAAAAAUGGAGCACUUGUGAUUUACGAAUCGAUUCCGUCAAAUAGCCAGCCCUAUGUUUGUUUCGUAACAUUGCCCGGAGGCAGCUGCUUCGGCAGCUUUCAGAAUUGUCCAACCAAGGCGGAGGCCAGACGCAGUUCAGCUAAAAUUGCGCUCAUGAAUUCGGUUUUCAACGAACAUCCGUCGCGUCGCAUAAGUGAUGAGUUUAUUGAAAAGGCCGUGCAGGAUGCACGCGCCUCCUUCAAGGGAACACCACAGAACACUGAGUUACCAGAGUCGGGCAUUGGUGCAUUUAGAUUCAUGCUGGAAGCGAACAAGGGACGAACUAUGCUGGAAUUUCAAGAAUUAAUGACGGUUUUUCAGCUGCUACAUUGGAAUGGAUCGCUGAAGGCAAUGCGCGAACGUCAGUGCUCGCGACAGGAGGUGGUGGCCCAUUACUCAAACAGAAGUCUGGACGAUGAGAUGCGUGCCCAGAUGGCACUCGAUUGGAUAGCACGGGAGCAAGAGAAUCCCGGUGUACUGCGGCGUGAACUGGUCCUGGCCGAACGUGAGCUGGAAACGGCACGCAUGGCUGGUCGGGAGUUGCGCUUCCCCAAGGAAAAGAAGGACAUAUUAAUGAUAGCCCACAAUCAAUUGGGUGGCAGUAAUCUGGGUGCAGCAUCCAUUGAGAACUGAAUGGCGAACGGUGAAGAGUGCGCUAUAAAUUGAUUAGAAAUACGCAAAAGGAAUAAUACAAAAUUAAUAUAAUAAUAAUAAUAAUAUGGGGAUUAUAUUUAGGAAGAGGAGAUAUCCGGUUCUUAGCAUCUUGGCAUCAUAUCUCUCUACACAUACAUUCAACAAGCAAGCAAGAAAUCGACGCUCAGAAACAAGCCGCAUUACACACAAAAAAAAAAGAAGAAACAGAGAACAACAUGCAACAGUUUUUAUUUUAUAUUUUAUUAUUGGCACACGACAUGAUCUCGAGUUCUGUUAAAUCCGUUAAAGCUCAUUUACAAAAUACUAUGAAAAUCAGGAAGGACCACCAACGAUGUUGUCUUAAAAGAAGCAUAUUAGCCCGACAAAAAAGAAAAAAAAAAAACAAAUAAUUAUUAUAAUAAUAAAAGGAAAAGAAAAAGUGGUUUCAACUCACUGACAAGUGCAAAAAUACUUUCGGAAUGUGAAAAUUGUGAUUUUAAAUACUGAAUUUACGGAAAUUUUUUGAGACUAAACUUAAAUAGAAUAGUUAAAUUUAUUGUGUAUAUGCAUGUGUAUUUAUAACGAAGAUUGUCUCAGCGCCAAGCGCACCUCAUCCGAGGCAAAUACCAUUUAGACAAAUUUUUUAAUAACAUCGUCAAAACCUAAUAAACUGCACUAAUUUGGCAUAAAUACAUAUAUAUAUAUACAUUUAUCUAUAUAUAUAUUUGAUUUGUGGACGACUUGUGAAACAGAA